AUGCACCAGCUACAUCUCAACAAUGAAGAUUACCUGCCCAUCGACGACGAGUUCGACAGUACGAGCGACUCCGACGCAGACAGCCUUUUCGACAGUAGCGACAAUGAGGCGGACACGGCAAGCGACACCGAUUCAGAGGGUCCUCUGGAGGAGGUUAACAACAAUACCGACGACGACGACGACGAUGACCUCUUCGACGACGAAGUACGACACCCGCCUGAAUACUACCUUGCGGCAUCGGCCAAUCUCGAUGUAGGACGACUCCAGCAGAAGCGUUACAGCCCUAAGACGCAAGGUCGUCUUAACUAG